AUUUUUGGGUGAACUAACCCUUUAACCGUCAAAUGAAAAAAAAAAAACUUUCAGGUUCUGUUUUUACUCUAUUUAUGGAAUGCGCAUACAGAUUUUAAAGUGAUGGGCAGGAAAAAUGCACAUAUAAGCUACUUUUAUUCAUCGUGAUUCAUCACAGCACAGACUUAAUUAAUAAAAUGAACACAAUAACACAGUGCGUGCAUCAGUUCAAACGACAACAACAAAACAAAACACACUAAUCAUUUAUAAUAAUAAUAAAAGCAGCCUAAGCAUUAAACUGUUUGUUGUUCUGAUUACAUCUUUAUUAGUAAGUAGCUUAUAAAGUGCUCUUACACUUCAUUAAGUAAAAGGAUAUGAAUUAUUUUAUAGGUAGCUAUUACAAGUUAAUGCUAUCUUUUUUAGUCCUAUAGCCUACUGUAUUUUAACAUCUUAUAUAAUUACCGUAUAAUAAUUAUACGACAGAAAAUGGUUUUAAAAUAGUUUCAGAUGAUAAAGUACGUCAGAACGACAAGUGCGCACUCUAGUCUACUGCGCAUUUCGUUGCAAAGCAGAACGUGUACAAAACAGUACCGUCUAAAUGAAACACAUCACGUGCCCGGUCUGCUUCAGUCCAAACAGAGCCGGCUCUGAGUCCAAAGUUCUCAAGCUAGUUAAAAGGGAAAUAUGGAUGGGACAACACGGGAAGCGACGUUUCAAAUUCAGGGCAUCCCAUUUCCAGAGCGGGUGGUGAAGUACUGGGCAAGAGUGGAACAGUUCCAGGCGUCAAAAGAGGAUUUGCUCAUUGCCACAUAUCCUAAAGCAGGAACUACAUGGACACAGGAAGUAGUGGAUCACAUUCUGAAUGAAGGGGAUGUUGAAAUGUGCAGGCGCGCGCCUACUCAGGUGCGCAUGCCAUUCUUAGAGAUGACUUCUCCAGACGGUUUAAGUGCUGGUAUAACUAAGCUGGAGGUUAUGGAUCCCCCUCGUGUUAUCAAAACUCAUCUUCCUAUCCAACUUGUGCCUCGUUCUUUCUGGGAGGCUGGUUGCAAGGUUAUAUAUAUGGCCCGUAAUCCGAAAGACACUGUGGUUUCAUAUUAUCAUUUUGACCUCAUGAAUCUUACCCAGCCAGAGCCUGGUACUUGGCAGCAAUAUCUGGAAAAGUUUAUGGCAGGGCAAUUGGGUUGGGGAUCCUGGUAUGACCAUGUUAAAGGAUACUGGAGGGAAAGGCAAAACAAGAAAAUGCUUUAUAUAUUCUUUGAAGACAUGAAAGAGGACCCUGUUCGUGAAGUAAUCCGCAUUGCUCAAUUCCUUGGAAAGCAGUUAUCAAAAAGUACGAUAGAUCAUAUUGUGCAAAUGACAACGUUUUCUGCUAUGUGAGAAAACCCCAUGGCAAACUACUCAACUAUCCCAGACACAAUCUUUGAUCGUACAGCCUCAGAGUUCAUGAGAAAAGGUGAGGUUGGUGACUGGAAGAAUCACUUCAAUGCAGAAGAGGAUGCUGCUUUUGAGGAACAUUACUGCAGAUUAAUGGCUGAUUGUCCCAUUCCAAUACGGUUCACAGUAUGAAAGAUUCAAAUGGAGUGUGUCUGUUUCCUAGCCCAGAAAACAUAAUUACAUUUUCAUAAACAACUAAAUAAAUAUAAUUAAUUAUUAAUGUUGAAUAUGUAUAACCCAUUUGCUCCUAUUUUUGUGUCUACCUGUACAUUGAUGACCAAUAAAAUGUAGUAAUAAUGUACUGUGAAUGGGUGCUAGCUGGUACACAUUCAAAGCUCUUGUAUGCAGUGUAAAGUUCAAGUGCCCUCAUGAAUCAAUGGGACAUGCAUGUUAUCUGUAUCCGGAAAUGGAAUAAUCUCGAACAGAGGGCAGAAAUGUAAUUAAAAAAAAAAUAGUUUCAAAGCUUUGAAUCACAGGAAGAGGCCAAAAAAAAUACAUUAAAACUUUGUGGCUGUAAUAAAUCAAAUCUUCAUACAGUCGUAAAAAGUGAUCAAGGCCUUAAGUGACCUUUGAGAUCUAGCCUACCAAACCUCCAACUCUCAUAUCUGCAAAUGAUAAAGGUCUUACGUGAGUGAGGUUCGCAAACAACGCGACUGAAUAUAACAAAAUAAGGUCAGUGAUAUUGAUGAUUUUGAUUUGUUAAGAUUUUGUUUUUGUGUGUGUGUGGCCAAUUUGACUUGUAUGUAAACGAGUGAUUGGUGCAUUAAACAAUUUCUCACUUUCA